AUGGAAACAACUGAACUGUGCUUCCCAGAGCUUCACAACAUCUCCUGCAGAAAGCCCCAGCCUGCUCCAUCAGACGCUCUACUGUCCUACAACCUGCUCUCUCUAAUGUCUCUGCUCACAGUGACAAUGAAUCUACUGGUCAUCAUCUCCAUCGCACACUUCAGGCAGCUUCACAGUCCUACCAACCUGCUAAUCCUCUCUCUGGCUGUGCCAGAUUUCCUCGUUGGCCUUUUAUUGAUUCCAGUUGAAAUUUUUCUGACACAGGCCUGUUGGAUCGUGGGAAGUACUCUAUGUGCUUUGUAUUAUAUGACAGACUUUACCAUAACUUCUUCCUCGAUUGGUAAUAUUGUGCUCAUUUCAGUUGAUCGUUAUUUAGCCAUUUGUGAUCCAUUACAUUACAAUACCAAAGUGACAGUAAACCGGGUUAGGUUCUGUGUUUGUGCUUGUUGGCUCUGUGCUCUCAUCUACAAUAGUCUGAUUUUAAAGGAUUUUCUCAGUGAUCCUGAUGCAGGAAGUUCAUGUUAUGGAGAGUGUGUAUUGGUGGUCAACCAUGUUUCUGGAAAUGUUGAUUUAGUCUGUACCUUUAUUGGCCCUAUCACUGUCAUUGUGGUUCUGUAUGUGAGGGUUUUUAUGGUGGUCGUCUCUCAAGCUCGUUCAAUGCAGUCUAAAGUCGUGACUUUGCAUCAAACUGUGACUAUGUCGGCCAGAAAAUCAGAGCUAAAAGCAGCUAGGACACUUGGAAUAGUUAUUUUAGUUUUCAUAGCGUGUUUAUGUCCCUAUUACAUCCCAUCCUUCACUGGGGAGGACAUUGUAGACAACAGCACUGCUACACCUCUUGUUACGUGGAUAUGGUUCUUUAAUUCCUGUGUAAACCCUUUUGUCUAUGCAUUAUUUUAUCCCUGGUUUAGAAAAUGUAUAAAACAAAUUGUAACAUUGAAAAUAGUGCAGCCCCAUUCUUCUCAUGCAAAUAUUCUUUGA